AUGGCAAUAAACCAAGCCACUCAUAGCAUCCCUGCCCUCUCGAAAAUCUCUCCUCAAAAUAACAAACCAUCGUUAUCCGACUAUCCAAUCCAUUCAAUCUGCAAAAUAAACCCUAAAACCCAAAAACCCGCUUUAUACUACAUGACAAUCUGCGCACCCAAGCACAGAAUCGGAUUUUGCAUGGAUCUAAUGGACCGUCCUCUCAAAUCCUCUUUACUCUCGUCACAAACUUUACUUAAAAAGCCAUCGUUAAAGAAUUUAAAGUCCGGCUCGAAUAUGGUUAAACUUAAGAACACGGUUCUUACCAAUGCCGGUUCUGAAGAUGAUGCCGCCGCCGCCGCCACCACCACCAAUAUGGCCACCUUAUUAAAGUUUUUCCAAAACAAUAUUCAUAAGUCUUUCACAGAGUAUCCUAAUGCUCAGAUGAUAUACGACAAGCUAGUUGGCAGUUUAGACAAAAAUUGUCUUUCUGAUGAUGAUUUAGCAAUAGUUAAGGCUUUGGCCGAGGAAGAAAGUUCAACGAAUAGGCAGCUAAUCUCAGAGAAGAUUAAUGGAUAUAUGGUUAAUAUCUUUUUUGAGAACUCUUUCCCAGAGGAGAUUGCGAAGAGUAUCGUGGAAUUGAUGAUGCCGCAAGUGGUGGAUAUGUUCUUCCAAGAAGAAAAGUGUACUUAA